CUUUGUCUCGUUUGCAAGUCCACUCAUUCUCCAUUGCUUUCCUUUUUGCUAUCCUUUCUUUCAUCAACCACACCAACUAUCAUCAACCUACCUAAGCGAAUAUUCGAGCGAGCGCGUCACCUUUUCUUCUCGCGCGACGUCACACAAAAUUCACGAUUCGUGAUCAUCCUUCCUCCACCCACCGACACAACCGCGACCCAGCAACACUCUAAAGAUGUUUGGAUCUGGGCCUAGCAGUGGCACGGGUGGAGGUUUUGGAGGCUUUGGGACGAAUAAUAAUAAUCAGACCGGGACUACUGGUGGAAGCGUGUUUGGCAGUGGAACGGGGUUUGGCCAACCGGCUGCUACAGGCUUCGGUGCGACUAAUAACGCAGCAGCGUCCCCUUUUGGUACUUCUAAACCAUUUGGCGGAACGACCCAACCCGGAACAGGCGGUCUUUUUGGGGGUGGUAAUUCUAGUAAUACAACAGCUGGCGGUACUGGAUUUGGGUUCGGCGCUACCAAUAAUACCUCUAAUGUAUUUGGUGGUGGGAAUACGGCGGCCGCUGGUGGAAGCGGGCUCUUCGGAAACUCGAAACCAGCCUUCGGCCCUACGACAACCACCGCAGGAGCUACGAGUGGCUUGUUCGGGACUGCCAACUCGGGCACCGGAGGUGUAUUUGGGGGGGGCGCAAAUACAGGGAUUGGGUUUAGCUCGGGGACUGCUCAAGGACCUUUAACUGGGACGGCAAAUCCCCCAUACACCGCGUUUACGGAGAAGGAAGCACAGGGUGGUGCAACAAAUCACUUCCAGACAAUCACCUUCAUGCCGGCUUAUAGGAAUUGGUCGUUAGAGGAACUGAGGCUUCAGGAUUAUGUUCAAGGCCGCCGGUACGGGACUGAUUCGGGCAAUAGCGGCGCAUUCGGUCAAGGAACCCAGUUUGGCGCCGCGUUUGGAGCUACCAGUGGUAACAACACCUCAGGCUUUGGACCGACAAAUAAUAGUGCGACUACUGGCGGAGGCCUUUUCGGCGGGGCAGCUAAUAAUAACACCGCUUCUACUCCAUUCGGGGCGGCAAACACCGGAGGUGGUUUUGGUACUGGUGCUACUCAGACAGGUAGCGGUGGCCUAUUUGGUGCUAGUAAGCCUGCUACUGGAGGUCUUUUCGGUGCCCCCAGCAAUACUACCACAACUGGUGGUAGCGGUUUGUUUGGAGCUGGUGCCAACAACACAACUACUGGGGCUUUCGGUGGAAGCAAUACUACUGGCACAUUUGGAGCAACAGGAGCUACUGGCGCUACUGGCGGCUUGUUUGGUGCUGCUAACAACAACAACCAACAAGCGCAGAAACCCUUUUCUUUUGGGAACACUGGUACCGGCUUUGGGGGUGGUGCUUCAAAUACUGCCUUCAAUGCGCAAGGGAACAAUGCUACCACUACCGGAGGUGGAUUAUUCGGAAACACUCAGAGCACUGCUCCUGCUUUCGGGACAACACAGACUGGUACCGGGUUUGGAGGAACGGGGGGUGCUUUCGGGACUGCCGGCCAAAACCAAGGUGGAGCUGCCUUUGGUGGUGCAUUUGGAAAUAAUCCACAGGCUCAACCAAAUAAACCUUUCGGCACUGCGUUCGGUGCUACCCAGGCUACCACUGCUACGGGCGGGGGUGGGCUGUUUGGAAAUAAUAACCAGCAGCAACAGCAACAGAAUACUGGUGGGCUGUUCGGCGCUGGCGACAAUAAACAAUUUGGUCCUCCUGCCAUUUCUACUGGAGCCCAGGGUGGCGGACUAUUCGGGAACAAUGCUACUGCUACUGGAGGCACGGCUGGGGGGCUGUUCGGGGGUGGCCAAGCUACCCAGGCUUCUCAAGGUGGGCUGUUUGGGGGCGGGACUGGUGCCAAUGCUGGAAGUGUGGGGUUAUUCGGCAAUAACGCCAACAAGCCGCCAGGCUCACAGGGCGGUGGGCUUUUCACAAACAAUGGACCUCCUUCAUCAACCAGUGGCGGCCUUUUUGGGGGCUCGGCUCUUGGCGGUUCCCAACUAAAUACUUCUACUGGUGGCGGGUUCUUCAAUAAUCAGCAACAACCACAACAACAGCAGCAGCAGAUAGCUGGCAAUGGUUUGUUUGGUAGUCAGUUCGGAAAUAGUCUUCAAGGCCAACAGCAGCAGCAGCAGGGCUUUACUGCAUCAGUCAUGGAUUCGCCCUAUAUUAGCCCUGUGCUCAAUUCAUCUUUGGGCAACGUACCGAACUCCCCUAUGGGUCCUAUUGCUACCCCACUAAGCUCUAGUGUCCAGACCAAGAAAGCUGCCAUGAUCCCCCAUUACAAAAUCGCGCCCAGGCAGCCAUCUCUUGCACCUCGCCUUGGAAAUAGCUUCUCUCGAAGCGGCUCACCUUUUGCCGCUUCGUCUGGUAGUCACGCUACUCUUGGUAAUAGUGGAAGUUUGGGGCGCUCGUUUUCAUCUACCAACAAGCUGCAUUUGUUCGAUGGGGAUGACUCGAUUCUCAAUUCCAGCUCUUUCACCCCCAACACCUCGAGUCGGGUUGCCAGUUUGAAGAGAUUGGUCAUAGACAAGAAGAUAAGGGAUCAAGACUUGUUUUCCGGUGGGCAAGAUCUUCGAAAGGAUAAUUCUGGUGGCUCGGACUUUGCGGCCAAGGGUGGAACCAAGAGUAUACUUAAGAAGACUGUCAGCUUUGAUAUCGCAGCUAGUCGCAGGGGCGAAGAGGAGCUGUAUGGUGCGGGAGCUACUUCAGCUAAGGGAAAGGAGACGAUUGGGCCCACCCCCACGGCCGAGGAGAUGGGUUUCUUGAGAAGUACUCCUGAGAGGCGGAGAUUACGGGAGGUUGAAGAAACAUCAAAUGGAUCCUCCACGAGUGAUGCGCCCGUUGUCGGCAACGAGGUUGCUAUUAUCUCCGAGAAGCCGAAGGAUGACAAGUCACCUGGAACGUACUGGAUGGUGCCUAAUGCGUCGAAAUUGAAGAUUCUGCCGAAAGAGCAACAGAAACGGGUUAUGAAUUUGACCAUCGGACGCCGCGGCUAUGGUCAAGUUAGAUUCGACAAUCCUGUUGACAUUUCUGAUAUCGAGGAUAUCGACAAGAUCCCCGGCCAUAUUGUUCUUUUUGCUCAACGGGUUUGCACCGUUUACCCUGAGACUAUGCCUAAACCACCACCAGGCAAGGGCCUCAAUGUGCCUGCUACGAUUACCCUCGAGGAUUGCUUCCCUGUUUCCAAGAACGAGCGCGGCAAGAUCAGAGAUCCCGAGCAUCCUCGUUAUGUCACUCACAUCCGUCGGUUAAAGAGCAUUAAGGACACCGAGUUCGUUAAUUACCUUGCGAGCGAGGGCAUGUGGAUCUUCCGCGUCCGUCAUUUCACUACAUAUGGACUCGUUGAGAGCGAUGACGAGGAGGAAGAUGGUGAUUACACCGUUGAUGAGCCGACGAUGCUUCCUACUGGCGAAACUCCCACCCCCGCUAAGACUCCUGGCAGUUCUUUAUGGGAUGGUGAUGAGGAGAGCAGUAUGGACGCUGAUGUUAGCGGUGUUGACAACACAUCCAGCUAUGAUGAUACUUUCGAUUUCAAGAAAUUUGGUUCUAGUGCUAUUGUGUCGGGAUCCAAGCGUGAUAAACACAGCACUUUCUUGGGCCGCAGUGAUAGGGAAACGAGUUACGAAGAGUCUGAAGAGGAAGGAGAUGUUACUAUGGAUCAGUCUUUUUUAGGUGAAGGCUCCGUGGGUAGCGCUGAGGAUGUGGAUGAACCUGCGGAGCCUGUGUCGGACCAAUCGGAGGAGGAGGUUGAUACCACUGUUGUGGAUGAAACGGACGGAGAUGUAACGGGAGCCUUGGUGCUUGCCAACUCUGACAUGUUGAGCCCGGUGAAGGAAUACGAGGAGGAAGAUACGAUUACUCAAGAUUCUCCCGCGAAGCCAUUGCCUAUGGGUCAGGACUGGACUGAACAAUUGAACAACACCAUCAGUCCUAAAAAGAGGAGGUUUGGUGGUGAGAGUUUCAUGGCUUCUACUUGUAAACUUGCCAAUAACCCGGCCAAGAAAUUCAACAUUGAGCCAAUGAGUUAUGGGUUAUUGGAUUUGGCAAAUGAUCUUUAUGGCGGUCGGGCGAGCACGAUAAAUGGAACUUCUACGAAAGGAAAAGGAAGAGCAACGUGGGAUCAGGUUGAGUCUCCUACAUCCUCUAGGUAUCAGCACGAAAACGCGUGGACAGCAACGAAGAACGGUGAAAGCGACGCUGGCACUGCCGGGUCGGAUGAGAAACGGUGGCGGAAUGCCAUAAAGCCAGUUUGGGGGAAGGAUGGAUCUAUCAUUUAUUUCGGAGACUUGGAAGGGUUAGAACGGAGGAGGAAUUACGGCAACGAUUUGAAGCUCGCAAAGCUCAAGUACUCUAUUCAGAAUUCCGAGAGUCAUGGCACUCCUAAGCCUUUGGAACUUCAACUCCGAGCGACCACUAUCAAGAGGGACGAAUUCAAUGUUCCAGUUGCUGAGCUUAGGAUGGAUACACUCUUUCACUCCUUCGCCCAGCUCAGCUGGAGCCCAGACGAUCCUGCGGGUCAGCAUGAGAAGAGCGUUUGGGAACUUGCCAGUGUGCUCUGGGACCCUAUCGCUGGAGAAUUGGCCUUGGAGGAGGAGUCGCAGGAGAUGAUUGAGUACAUGCAAGAGACUUGCCGCAAGGAGAGAUUAUCCAGGUUCUUGGAAGCUUUGGUUGAAGCCGCCGCUGACGAACAUGUCCAUGGUGCCACUACGCUGGAAGAAGUUGCCAUCGCCCAUUUGACAGCUCACAGGGUCGAACAAGCUUGUGCUUCUCUUCUUGAAGCUGGAGAUUUCAGACUUGCUAAUUUGAUUACUAUGGUUGGCGGGGAUGCCAAACUCAGAUCGUCUAUCGAGAAACAACUGGAGCAGUGGAAGAACAAGGGUGUGCUUGCGGAGAUUCCGAUUCCUAUUAGGGCUCUUUAUGAGUUGCUUGCCGGCAAUACUUGUUACUCGGAAGGUGUCCGCGGCCCUCCGGAGGAUGCCGCUCCUAACUUUUUUAUUCUAGAUCGGUUCAAUCUUGACUGGAAACGUGGGUUUGGACUCAGGUUAUGGUACGGAUGUGCCGAUGAAGAGCCGAUCGGGAAAGCAGUUGUCGACUACGAAACGGACAUGAGAGAGUACCCUGAGGCCGUUCCCGCUCCCAAACCCUGGUAUCACACAGAGGCGAGCCCUGCCCGCGACGGUGCAAUUGAUAUUCUUUGGGGCCUGCUGAAGCUCUAUGCCGAUCGCGAGCUCAACCUUGAGGAAGUCCUCGCGCCAAUGAACAUGACCACCAGCUAUAUCGACUACAGACUCAGCUGGCAGCUGCGUACCAUCCUUGCAAGGAAGGGCAUUAGAGACUUCAGCGGUGGAAAGCUACAUAGGAGGAUUGAUGGUCUAGACGAAUUCAUCGCCGGGGGCAUGGCCGACCAAACCACCAUCGACUUCGCGGGCGAGCUUGAGACUCUUGGAAUGUGGGAAUGGGCAAUCUUCGUCCUCCUCCACCUUACCGACACCGACAGCCGUGAAACAGCCGUCCGCAACGUCAUAGGCAAGCACAUAGAUGAGCUCAAGUCCGCGGAAGGCGCCGAUGUCGGGAGGAAGCUAGAAUUCCUUGAGAAGACACUUCUAAUCCCGAAAAAUUGGAUCUGCGAGGCCCGCGCCCUGCAAGCCCGCUCCGCCGGUGAGCACUCACUCGAGGCCGAGUAUCUCCUUGCCGCGCAAGCCUGGAACGAAGCGCACAAGACCGUCGUUAAGAAGGUUGCGCCGGAAGCUGUCAUCUCUGGUCAUUUGGAAGAUCUUAAGUCCAUCCUCGCCAAAUUCGAAGACGUCGACCUAGUCGAUAAGUGGAACUUGGGUGGCCAGAUUUACCUCGACUACAUUCACCUUCAAGAAUACGUCCUUUCUGGCAAGCCACACCUCAAGAACGCUCCCGAGCAAAAGGGCCUACCAAAAUCGAAUAGUCCAAAAGACCUUGCAAGACGCUUGCUCGCAGGCCUCAAGAACGCCGAUAGAAAGGGGUUUCUGCAGAACAUCGCAGUCAGGGAGAUGGCAGGCGUUGUCGGAAGCUGGGUGCUUAAGAGCGAGGAUAUGAUAUCCGAAGCUCCGAAGCUCCUAGAACUCCCCCUCACCGAAGACCAGUUCCUCCGCAAGACGGUAAAUCUGGGACUGGCAUAUUAUAAAGCAAGGUUGCAGGAGGCUAGGUAGUAGUCUUGAAUUGUUAUUUUCUUCCUUCGCCUUGGGCGAUUGCUUGCCUGCUUGAUUGAUGGGUUGUUUGUUUGUCUGGGAAAUGUGAAAAGUUUGAUUCCUUUUUGCGUUUUUAUUUUUAGAAAAAAACAAUCUCUUUUUAUUCCUUCAUUACUCUACUAAGCUUACUUAUUCCUCACC